GUACUUCACACGGGAACACUGUGACGUUCACCGACAGAGGUCGUGCUUGGCAACCAGUCCUCCAUACUUAUGGUGGAAAAUAGCAACAGACUGUGGUGGAAAUAACGUUAUUUAGAUAGAAGUUUACAGCAGAUCAGGUAGAUUUUAACGAUUAUGGAUAAAAAGAAUAUUAUGUGAUCUGUUUCUGAAUAUCAAAUGUGGACUUUAGGAACAGAAAUUUGUGAAAUCAAUAGCGAAAACCGGGGGACAUGACUACCCGGGUAAAACCUCUGCCAGUACAGGUGCAGAGAACACGAUCAAUGUUAACCACCGGAGAUAUGUAUACUCAUAAUACUCUAGAAGGCACCAGCCACCACCUCCCACCUAUAGCUAGCCAGACCGUUGGGGGAGCGCACAGCGCUCACGUUACCACAACUACUGGCCAUUCUGGACACGGCGUCAAAGUCCAGCAACUCUACGAGGACCAUAAACACCACCACGACAAGCAUGUCACCAUCCAGCAUGGAGGAACCAGUGAACAGGAAGUCGUACCCCAAAACAUGCGACCCAGCUCAAGUGCAGGGAGUCAGGGAAGUAAGACAGGCUCAGCUGCAGCUCGCCGGAAUAACUCAAUGAGUCCUGAGUCUGCAAUGAAACAGUACAUGCAUAAGCUGACUUCGUUUGAGCAUCAUGAAAUUUUUAACUAUCCGUCUAUCUUCUUUGUGGGACAGAAUGCAAAGAAACGUCAGGGUGUCGUCGGUGGGGCCAAUAACAAUGGAUACGAUGAUGAAAAUGGAUCGUAUAUUCACGUACCUCAUGAUCAUAUUGGAUACCGGUAUGAAGUGCUCAAAGUCAUUGGUAAAGGAAGUUUUGGACAAGUUGUUAAAGCUUAUGAUCAUAAGAUUAAUUCACAUAUAGCAUUAAAAAUGGUGAGAAACGAGAAACGCUUUCAUCGACAAGCUCAAGAAGAGAUUCGUAUCUUGGAACAUCUGAAAAAACAAGAUAAGGACAAUGCUAUGAACAUCGUUCAUAUGCUUGAGCAUUUUACAUUCCGUAACCAUAUAUGUAUUACAUUUGAACUCUUGAGCAUGAAUUUGUAUGAACUGAUCAAGAAAAACAAAUUCCAAGGAUUUAGCUUACAGCUAGUGAGGAAAUUUGCACAUUCCAUUUUGCAAUGUUUGGAUGCUUUGUACAAAAAUAGGAUCAUUCACUGUGAUCUCAAGCCUGAAAACAUUCUCCUUAAACAGCAGGGAAGAAGUGGCAUCAAAGUCAUUGAUUUUGGAUCCAGUUGUUACGAACACCAGCGUAUAUAUACAUAUAUUCAGUCCCGCUUCUACAGAGCUCCUGAAGUAAUUUUGGGAGCCAAAUAUGGCAUGCCGAUAGAUAUGUGGAGUUUAGGAUGCAUAUUAGCUGAACUUUUAACAGGGUAUCCUUUGUUCCCUGGAGAAGAUGAAGGGGACCAAUUAGCUUGUAUAAUAGAGUUACAAGGCAUGCCACCUCAGAAGUUGCUUGAUCAGUCCAAACGAGCGAGGAAUUUCAUCAGUUCCAAAGGCUUCCCCAGGUACUGCACUGUUACCACCCUGCCAGAUGGCAGCACCGUGCUGAAUGGAUGCCGCUCAAGACGAGGCAAACCAAGGGGGCCACCAAGUAGUAAGGAAAUGGUCACCGCCCUGAAAGGAUGUGAAGAUCCACUUUUCCUGGACUUCAUGAAGCGCUGCUUGGAUUGGGAUCCAUCUACAAGGAUGACACCAGGGCAGGCUUUGCGUCACCCGUGGCUAAGACGAAGAUUGCCAAAACCCCCUACAAUGGAUAGCCGUGCAGAUUCUGCGUCGCGCCGAAAAUCAACCGCCAACACCGCGAGCGCAGUGAUACCCAAACUUGCAAGUGGCACAUCGAGUGGAAAAGGGAGAAAUAACAUCAUAACAGAUGACAUGUCUGCGCCGAUGCACAAUCGAACCCGACUGCCACAAAUCGGUUCCACAUUAUAGGAGCAAUUUACUUGUGAUAUAGUGUUCUUGUGAUAUUUUUUUAAGCCGUCCACAAAAACUGAUUUUUAGUCAAUGACUGUGCAUGGUUUUACAAGAAGUUACAAUCUUGUUUUUGUGUUUAUAAUAUACUAUCUGGCCUUCUUAUCUGAUUACUUGGAGCAUGUUUUGUGACGGAUUGCAUGUGUAAUCAUGAAUUAACAUACAAAACCUUUUAGGGAGUAAGUUGUCAGUGUAAUAUGUAUUGCAAUCCAAUCUAUCAGUAUUUCCUGUACAAGAGAAUGAAGUGUAUAUGCAUUUUGUGUGAUGCAUUAUUUAAAAGUACUGAGAAUCAGCCCAAUGUUUUUACAUUCUUUACAAACAAAAAAUACUGCACUUUGUUGUUUUACAUUUUGUAGAUUUAAUUUUAUAAAGAAAAUGUUUCAUUUUAAGAUCUUUUUUAAAGAACAUUUUGAGCACAGAAUCUCCACUCCAUAAUCUUUUGGCCAAAAGCUUAAUAUCAACUAUGUUAAAAAAAAGAAGCAAUUUACAAUCUCAGGAUGAUUUUCUGUCAGAUAUCAGAUGAAAUGAGCAAAGUCAAUUACUGAUAAGGAAUCUGUCCUUUUUCUUUGCUUAAUUAAAUAUGCAAUACACCUAUGUAUCACCUAGUCUAGGGGCUAGCUGCCUGGAGGUUGUAUUGAUUUUUCAUUACCGACAUUCCCAUGUAUAAUGAGGCAGUAUUGAUUUCACCUCAGGAGUUUUAAAUCAAAUUUAGUUAAUCUUGCUUUAGCACAAAAGAAAUUUUAUUUCAGUUUAUUUUCUCUCUUUCUUUAGACAAUAGAACUACUGUCUGUGAUCAGCUUCAAAAUGUAAACAAUAACACUUUUACUUUAAUGGAUAUUUUUUUAACAUGGGUCAUCGAUUGUUUUAGGUUUUUUCUAUAGUUAAAUAACUUCAAAACACUUAGGUAAUUGUUAUUUGUUCAGUGUUGGUUAUAUGGUUUUCUUUAUUUUCAAGAGUUUAAAGGAAAUUAUUUGUUGAAGGAAAUAUCUUUUCAACAUUAUUAAAUUAUGAAAUAUUUUUAAACAAUACAGAAAAAAAUAUCCUGUAUACACAAUUUAUAUUUUGCCUGCAGAAUUUUUAUAUUGUUGAAGAGUCUAUAAGAACAAAGUUCUUUACGUACAAAUUGCCAUGAAUAUUUCAGCAGGAAUUUUAGUGCCCAAGUGCCAAAUAAAUGGAGCCUCUGUGAAUAUAUUGUAUUGCAUUGACUGUAAUCUUCAUCCUUUAUAUUGCUCUAUAAUGUGUGAAACUACAACUUUUUACUGCCAUUUAUCCUAAUUACUCUUUUAAAAACGGAAAAACAAUGUCGUCCAUUUUACUCUUCACAGCUUUUUAUCUCUACUACAUUGCAUGUUGUGAGUUUAUGAUAAUUGAGGUAGUGAUCUACGUGAUUGUUGAUUUGUUUUUUAAAAAUUUUGUUGAAUGAAACAUUUCAAAUCAUUUAUGUACUGUUAUUUCUGCAGAUUAAAGAAAUGUUUUUGAAGUGUGAUCUGUUAAUUAUAAGUCUCUUUUUAUUAAAAUCUUUUUUUUUUAUUUUUGUGUUUAAUCUGAUGUGUUUUAUAUAUAUUUCCACUGUUUAUUUUUUAUUAGUUUUGUAUCAUUUUGAUGAAUUUUGUAAAUAGUGGAAAUUUGACCAACCAUUGGUCUGAGAUUGCCUGUCCAUACAUUAUUGUAUAUAGAACAAACUAACAUUAUAAAUAUCAUCUCCCCAACAGUCAAAGCCUUGUUUUAAUGGUUUAUACAGUUUCUAUGAUUUCAUCUUCUCCCUCUUUUUCUAAGAUUCACUGUGGAGUGUCUGUUUGUCUGUAUGUAUAGCUGUUCCUAAGUGAACUUCAUCAAACUUAGCAAUGAUCCCCUUUUGACAUUGAAGGGGCUUUCACUCCUUAUUUUAAAGUGGUGUAUUUUGUGUUUGAAAAAUGCAUAAUAUGCCUCCUUGUUUGUUCUCAAUAUAAAACAGUACCUUCACGCCUGUUGAGAUGUCCUUUUACAAAAUUGUACUUGACAAUUAUGUAUAUUAAAACACACAUGAAAGCUA